AGAGGAACUUCCGGCAACGAAGUGAAGACUUCGGUGGAACAACAUCUAUCUGUAUAAAAUCAUGUCGCUCGUUGCAUAUGCUUCGAGCGGCGACGAAAGUGACGAGAGCGACGAAGCACCCAUCACUGCAAGCGAAACUACCAAAAAGGAUGCACUUGCAACGUCUGAGGUAGAGAGUCGUGAAAUUGAAAACCCUGCUUCUGAGGAUGCCGGGCAGAUUUCGGACUCCAGUUCCGAUGGGGAGCAACAUAACCAUGCUACCGACAACAGCAUGCAGGAGCCUGACAUAGGUUCACUUUUGAAAGGACUGCCAGAACCAAAGAUAUAUGAGGAAGCACCUUCCACAUCAGAUAAAAGGCAGAAAGUAGAAGAUGAUCUAGAAGAGGAAGUGAAACCAAAAUUGUCCCAGAUCAAGGAUGCACCAAAGCCUCCGCCAAAGAGGGCUAAAGUGAAGAUCACCAUACCAGCACUUCAGGAUGAUUCUGAUGAGGAAGACCAAGUGAAAAAGAAGCCUAAGCUGUCUUCAAAUGUAAAAUCUGGACUCACGGCCUUACUACCUGCUCCAGUUCAUGCAGCCACCAAGGAAACCAACAGAAUCCUUCUGCCUUACAGCCUGAAAAAGUCUCAGGAAAAAAAGAAACCUGUACCACCAAAAACAGAUCAUGUGUCUCGGAAGUCAAACCCAAAAUUUCAAGGUUUGUCAGGGUAUGGAAGUGACAGUGAUAGUGACGAAGCUGGUUCAGAAUCUGCAAACUUUUUUUCACUUGGUGGUUCAGAAACAAUGCCUGCAGGACCAGCAGUACCUGAAUCACUUCCUAUGCAAAAAUUUGGUAAAUUAUCUCUGCCUCCGCCAAAGUUGGUAGCGGACAACAGUGAAACGAUUGAACCUAAAAGUGCUAGCAACACUUCUAUAAGUGACGUGACUUCUACCGUUCGUGAAGAUACAGAACAUUUAAAUAUGACGUCAUCGUUAGCACCAUCGCUUUUGUCAGGUCAGGACGAACCAUUGUCUUUUAAAUCUGGUAACUGGAACACUUUGUCAGCAGCCUAUUAUGGUCAGUAUGGUGGAUAUGGAUCUAAUUCUGAACCAUCACCAAUGGCAACAGAAAUGACAGGUCCUCAGAUGGAUUAUGUUCAGUAUGAAGCUGGCCCACAGUAUUCACAGAACUUCGAGCAGGAUGAGGAGUUUUUAAAAAUGCAAGGGAAGAAACAAAGAGGGAAAGAAGAGAUAAAUAUUGUAGAUGUGAAUGCAGAUGAUUUCAUCAGCACUGUGGACGUUCAAAAAGCUAUGUCAGAGGAGACGAAGGAAUAUGCUUCACACAGAAAGAAAGAUGGCCCAACAUCACAGCAAAAACGCAAACAUCAAAUUACAUACCUAGCUCAUCAAGCCAAGGAGACAGAACUAGAUCUGAAAAACCAGUGGUCGAUGAACAGAAUGACAAAACGACAAACUCAGGCUAAAUAUGGCUUUUGAAUUUUUUAUCAGUGCAAUGUUUGUUAUUGCUGUAUGGUAAUCACAACAUUUAAAUAUUUUCUUUUGAGAAAAUUAUUUGAUGAAGAUGGAUUAUUUGAUAUAGAUGGUUUUGAUCUAGUGCCUUCACUUGUCAUAACAGACUUAGUAUUCAGCAAGUGAAGAACCUCACCAAGCACAUUGUGACAAGGGAAGUAACUCUGCUACUCUUAACAACAACAACUACCAGGGUCCAUCAAGCCCUAUUAGGUCAUGUGGACAAAGUGGUUUGUCUGUUUUUAACUGUAAUAUUUUAGGACUAUAUCUUGAUGGGCCUGCAGAUGUUAAUACAGGCCUUAAAAUCUUAGUCAAGACUUGUCUGAAAGCAGCAUAACACUAUGAGGUCUGUCAUUUCUCACAUGUACAAACUUCUGGUCUAAUCAGUCAAACCUUUUGGACUAUGAUCACUGAAAGUGGUAGUGAUAUUCUUUGCUGUAGGUGUGAAUCCUAAUUUCAUCAGUGAACUAAUGUAAUGGUUUUGUAUUUUCAUGGUAAGCUCAUUUGAAUGAAUCCUGCACAUAUCAUAAGUCUUUAAAAGACGACAAAUGGGGAGAACAAAUAUGUACAUGAACUUAAAAAUGUCAUGUAAAAUAUAUAUGAGUUCCUCAGUCUUACACAUUACACUGCCAUUUAACAAUACAUUUUGUAUUUAUCCCAAAUACCAUGUGUGAACUUUCCUUACCAUUUUAGUAUGUAAUACAUUUGUUAUUGAAAAUACUGUUGAAUUCAGUGAGUUUGUUAAGAACCCGUUUGCAUUUUCACCUGAUCAGAUCUUCAUCACUGUAUUACUCCUACAAUUAGAUUGGAUAGUUGUCUUCUUCGUAAAUAUCACAAGGUCUUCAGUUAUUAUUGGAAAUGAUAAUAUAGCCAUGCUAGCUUUAAUGUUUAAUAUUAGGUGUCUAUACCUGACAGUAGGUACAUUUGUGUCCGUAACUUGGGAUAGAAAUAUACACUCAAGUACUUUACUCAGAGACAUUUAUCAUAUAUCUUGUCAACAGAUUGGGAAAAUAAGACACUUCAUCAGGGGUCUAACCCUUGUUUCAGUUGUCUUUGAUAUGACCAGCCACAAAAUCUAACUUGUAUUUUUGUUAACAUAUUACAACCCAGUUUAGUUGUUCGGAUUCUCCCAAUAACAAUUAAUAAUACAAUCUCUCCUCAAGUUUGACUUAAUGAAACUUCUCAUUCUUGUCUGUUUAAUAUGUAACAUAGACAGAUAGGUAUUACCUGUGUCUAACUUAACCCCCUGUAAUAACUGUGGAUCCAAUAAAGUAUUCAAUAGCAAUAUGUGUGAUGAUUUAUGGAUUAAUAUUACAUAAUAAACAUUACAUAAAUUACUGUCACAUUGAUGUGUUUAUAAAUACUUCAUCAUCACAUGGUAGCAAUUUAGUAUGACUCCCCUUGAUAUAGACAAUGUAUUAAAGCUGUGUGUUUUGGCAGGAUAUUCAAACCCAAAUACAGGAUAUGUGACUUUUGAAUAUGAUAUCAUAAAUGCAUCUCAUUACCUUAAGGACAAACUUUGCUUACUUUUUAAAUGGCUUUGAAUAUAAGAUGUCCUCACACAAAAUGGCCAAUUUCAAAGGUUUCCCUAUUGAAAUGAAAGCUUAUGUAAUAACAAGAUUGUUAGAUGUCUUUAUGUAGAUUUAUUCUAAAUGCACUUAGAUUGAGAAAAAUAGUCAUCAUCCAUGAUAAAAAAAGAUUCUAUGAAAUUGUUUAACAAUUUAGAAAUGUAUUAGAGCUGUGGAGAUUUAAAGAUUUUCAAGCUCGACAUAAAGAUAGCACUCCAUAUCUAUGUGUUAACAAGGCACAAGUAUACAUGUAUUCACUUUUAUCUGUUGAUAAUGUUAAAGAGAUCAGUAUUGUUUCCCUUACUGGAAAGAUAAUAAUCAUGAUUUGGAAACUAAAUAUUAUUUUGUACCUGCAUUCAUAUACUAUGAUAUCAAAAAAAUCAUCAUUUAAAGUAUUUUGAAAACUUCCCCUAGAAAUGAAUUUUGUAGCAGUCAAUACAGAUUUUUUGUAACAAGGAAUGUUUAAACUUCAUAUUGGAAUAUGUGUGUGUCAAGGGUAAAUGGUUUUCAUAAUCAGAAAUGAUACUGUUUAAAAUUACUGACUAAUGUUCCAAAGUUUUGCAAAGAAGAAAACAAAAACAAAAACUGUGUCAUGUGGACUUGAUUUUAUGGAUUAAUACCCUGGUAAUACUCGUGGGAUCCACUUAUAUAAACAUGUAAAAUUUCAACAGUUCAUAUUCACAAAAUCAAGAAAAAAUUGUGAAUUUAGAGUAACAGGAGAGGAGAAAUGGGGGAAAAGCAAAGGAGAACUCCAGACACACAAGACCUCAGAACUCUUAUCAGAUGUGCCUACCAAUAUCUAACCUGAUCCUAGGUGAACUCCAGACACACAAGACCUCGGAACUCUGAUCAGAUGUGCCUACCAAUAUCUAACCUGAUCCUAGGAGAACUCCAUAUACACAAGACCUCGGAACUCUGAUCAGAUGUGCCUACCAAUAUCUAACCUGGUCCUAUGCAACCCUCAAGUCAACCCUGUUUCAGCUAAAAACAUGAUAUAUUUCACCAUCUUCCCCCCCCCCCCCCCCCCCCUAUAAAUCUGUAAAAUAUUUAUUGAAUGUGAUAUGAAAUUUGAAUUCCUUUUGUUGUUUUACAUUUAAAAUUCACAAUCUGUGUAUAUUGAAAUAAACAGGGAUUUACUGCAUGGUCAACAUUUUUAUCAGUCAAGUUCAGUAAUAGCCAGGCCGAAUUGGCCACACACUUUUAUUGUUAAUUAAACUACAUAGGUUGAGUUUUUUUUAUCAUGAGUUGUACUACAUACGAUAGAAAACUCUGUCUAUUAAAUAGCCUUGACAAGAACAUAAA